AAAGCAAGCAGAAACCAAACAAGAACAGGGAUCGACGCAAAGUAUCAGAUCAGCACCCACAACAGGCAGCUGAGCAGAUCCACAUCUGAUUCAGGAUCUGAGCAACAGUGAGAGAUUUUCACCGGAACCUGUGAAGGAGAUAAAGUCAGAGACAAACAGGCGGAAGUGAAAGUAAAACCCAAGUGCUUCCUAGUUCAUAGACGGAGCGGCACAGAAACAUGAGCGCUCCAAAGUUUAACAGUGUUUUACUGGAGAUUUCUAACCAGCUGCCCGCCGAACAGCUGGAGAAACUAAAGUUUCUGUGCCGAGACAUGAUCGGGAAACGGGACCUGGAGAAGAUUAACAGCGGAAUCAGACUGUUUCAGCUCCUGUCGGAGAGAGGCAAACUGUCAGCCGACAACACGGAGUGGCUGUGUCAGCUCCUCAUCGAAAUUAAACGACAGGACCUCUCCGAGAAGUUGAACAAUUAUGAAAGUCAGGCUGGAUUUAACGACAACCAACCGGACGAGGAGGAGAGAGCCAAACUGGACAUUGCCACAGAAGUGAUCGCUGAGAAGCUGGGAAGGAACUGGCGUAAACUGGGCCGCAAACUGGGACUGAAUGACGUGAAGCUGGAGUCCAUCUCCAGGAGGCAUCCCACAGAGCUGGAUGAAAUGGUGAGGGAGCUGCUGAAGGAGUGGAGGAAGAGUCAAGGAGCCGAGGCCCGAACAGAGAAGCUGAUACAAGCCCUGAGAGCCUGUGACUUCAACCUGACUGCUGAUAAUGUGGAGGACGCACUUGCAAAACACUGAUAUGGGUGGAGGUUUACAGAUCAUAUAAGACUGAGAUGAACUCUAGGAAUGAAAUCGAAAACUCUGACUAACCUUCAAGAAAAGAAAAUUAACUUUCAAGAAAGUUAUACAAAGAUAUAUAAACGUAUGCAAAAAAAUAUCUUUUGAUCAAUAAAUUGACUUUCUGAAUGUCAAAUAACAUGAUUCUGAUUAUGUUUCAUGGUUUUACCUGAAGAUGAAAACAAACAGGUGAACUCGGACAUAUUCUGAUUAAUCAAAUAAUGAUAAAGCAACUGAAUGGUGAACAUUUAAACAUUAGUAAUUAUAAUGCGUCACCUAAUAAUCAUCCGGCAACAGGGAGACUUCUGCAGGUGAUUGUGGACACAUUUACCAAUUAAUAAUAAGUUUCAUUAUAUUACAUGUUUCAAAACUAACAUACAAAAUGCUCAACAGUAAAAACAAAUAAUGAAAAUAAAUAAAAUCCAAAAUUGAAACAAAUAGCAUCAGUUAAUAAAAAGCCUUGAGAUAAAAGUGAGUUAUAAGAAAGAGAUGUAAAAGUGUGACUUCCUCAGCUGAAGGGCCGGGACAGGAAAGGUCUUAGUGACACUGUGAAACCAUGAGCCUGACCAUUCAAGGCUUUUAAAACAAGCAGUAAAGGACUGGUGUGGUGUGGUGUGAUGUGCUGGUGCUCGGUGAUGACAUGGCCCCCACAGAAUAGUCCUGUAAGUCUUGUGCGUGAUUUAUCCUGACUUCAUACAAGUAGAGGAAGUCUGCUAGCCACUUGGCUAAUUUACGCAAUGGAAAAUGCCUUAGGCUCAUGCUAAUAAUGUUAGCAUGUUGUAUUUGUAGGUUUUGAAUGAAAGUGUUUUGUCUGUGAACUAGGCUUUAGUGUCAAGGCCAGCAGGGGAACCAUAAAUAUAAAUUGAAAAUUUAUAAUUAUAAUUUAAAAUUUAUAAAACUGCAGGACAUUUUUGGACAUGCGUGUAUAACAUCUAAAAACAGCAGAGAGUGAAAACCAGAUUGGAUUUUUUAAAUAAGUGUUGUUCAUAAAAGAAACCAGUGUGGAGACAAUUUUUUUCUAAAAUCUUUGAUAAAAAUGCCAUCUGAGAGAUAUAUCUAAAAUGAUAUAAAACAAAGGGAUCUUCCUCUUAAAUUGGAAUAGACAGAGCUGUUAAAUUAUCCAACUGUCUGAAAUACUGCUUUUUAAAACUAUAUGGAAAAGCAAUCUGAAGGGCAGGUGAAUGGUCAGGGAGGUGCCACAGUGUGUUUCAGGGUUAACAGAGAGAUUUCACUGAAGUGAGUUAAAGGUGGGCAGCAGUCAACAUCAAACUCUCAGGAUACUUUGUUAAUGUGUUGUUGAAUCUCUAUCUCUAUUUUGUUGUGAAAGUAAAGAAGAGAUUCUUAAUUUCUCUGGAUAACUGCGGGACCACUCAUAGCUUAUGGUUUUAAGGAGGAUUCUGGGAUUAUGAUCCUGUUUCAGCAGAGUUAGCUGUGAAAAUACUUUGCUUCUUUGAUUACACACUGUCAUAUCAAAUAGCCAUUAAUAAACACAGGGGGAAAGGGAACUGUGUGAAUAUAGAUCAAAGUUAUUUCAAGAACAGGAACAGAAAUCAACUUGUUCAUUUUCUGGCUGAGAAUUAUUUACUUAAAUUAUUAAUUAUUAUUAUGUUUGUACUGAUUAAUCAAACAAAACAUAAUGUGCUAAUCAGUGAGCAUUAGUGGUGCUGAUAGGCAGAGUUUGUGACCUUUGGACAGAGCCACGCCCGCUGUUUCCCUGUUUGCAGUCUUUGUGCUAAGUUAAGCUAAGCUAACCAGCUGCUGCCGUCACUUUAGUCCAUAGUUUACAGAUGUGAAAGUGGUAUUGAUCUUCUCAGUUAACUGUCUGCCAGAAAAUGAACAUUUUCCAAAAUGGUGAGCUGUCCCUUUAAGAUUAUGUUUUCUGACUCAGAAUAAAAUGAACAGGAGUGAAUUGUAGGAGAAGAGAGAGCUUUAUUUUUUGAUCAAAAGCCAUCAAACUGUAACAUCGAUGAUUGAUUUUCAUGUGAUAUGAAAAUAAAAUGAGAUCGUAUUUGAAAUAAA